UUCACUAGUAAGGACGCUUCCUUUACCUUAAUUCUCGGGUGGCUUUUGGUCGUCUGUGGCUUCAAAAUAUUGGAUUAUUCUAUCAUGUGACAAUCACGUAAAUUGUACAUAUAUAUAUCAUAUCGUUUUGAAGCUAAAAAAACAAGGGAAUCCUCUCUUCUCGAACGAAAACCAGGAAACUAAGAUGGGGGACAACCCAGAGCCACACAUCACUCCAGAAACACCAGGGAAACCUUCAGUAAGGAAUCCAUUCGAGAGUCCCAACGACUACCACCACCUCCGUGAGCCCCUGGUGCCUAGUCCAUCCGUUUUCAAGUUAUCACAAGAUGCUCCCCCCGGCUUCAACUGGUCAAUCGACGACAUGGCCAGUCUUCUCCCAGUGCACAUAGAUCAAGAGGAGAUCCAGCGACAGUCGUUUUACCUUAGCCAGACAAGGACAGACUUCGACAUUGAAGAAAAGCGUCAGAAUGCUAUCGAGCAGUUUUUUACCAAGGGAGCAAUUGUGCCCUCGCCAUGGUCUUUGUCAGACACCCAGAAAGCCCCUCACAUGUAUAAGACAGGGUCUCUAUCGCCGAUGAUAGAGGAGCAGGAAAAAAAAACAGUUGCCUGUCAGACGAGCCUCUCGUUACCGUUGGGCUUUGAUUUGGAGAGACUUCUUGGGGAGUAUUACCGCAGUGAAGAGGCGACGAGCGAUGCCUCUCAGGAGAGCCUCAGCUCUUCCUCUUUGAGGCGCAAACUCUUCCUGGAUGGCCAAGGCAGCUGCAGUGGCUCAGACAGCUCCAGUCCCCCGAGCCCAGAGAGAGGGCACUCCCGGGAAGAGAGGCCGCUGUUGACCCAGAAUUUUGUGGGACAAUCUGCCAUCUUUUCAUCUCCAUUGUCAUGCAGUGUGUCGGGAUCAACUCCCUCUACGGGUCAAUUCUCAUCCAGUCCGAUCCAGACUGGCUACUUCCGGGACAGCAGCAAUGCCAGCCCGCUCUUCCCUGAUAGGUCAUCACCUGCUAGCACAGCCUCUCCCACCAUUUCACCCAUCGUUGUAUGUACGCUGCGCACACCCACAGGCUCAGCCGAGUGGAAGCGACCUAGCAGUUUGACUCCCCACAGCGUGCCCCUGGACGUGGAUCUCCCCUCCUUUACCAUGAGUCCAGACGUGGAAGGCUGCUCUCCCAUCCGUACCUGUUCUCUACACCAGCACCAUCCCCGAGCCAAUCCCAGGCCUCGAUUCCGUUGCUGCACCACCCCGCCGCUCAUCUCCUCGGACCUCAACCCCAGGCUGCCAGACCCCCAGGAGGCAGAGGUCUCGCCUUCCGUCCUCUCGGUGGAGCCGGACAGAUCCUCCCUUCUGGCUCAGGACAAUUCUGCUCCUAACGCUGAAAGCUCGGGGUUCAUGGAGCCUGUCAAGAUGGAGAAGGAUCAGGAAUCGAGGAUGGAUGGCAAACUGGAAGAGGAGGAUGAGGAGGGAGACAACGGAGGCCUUCCUGGAAGGCUGACCAGCUCUCGUAUGGGCAAUGUGUCGGCCAUGGAAACCUCUCAAAUAUUUGUCUCUCUUUUGGCGGAGCGCAGCAGUAUACACUUUGAUUCCAGUAUGCAGGUGGACAGCGGGUACCAAACAACCUCAACGGGGGCAGGCAGUCUGAUCGACGGCCUCGGCUCUGACUAUCACGGCAAAGAGUCUUUCAGCACCAACAUUGCGGAAGAUACCUUCCACCUCAACAAACCCUCAAAAGUGAAGGUGCGGUAUCCUCAUCAAUGAACUGUUUCACACAUCAAAAGGGACAUCCACUUCUUGCAGCUUUUUUUUUUUUUUUUUUUAACAAUACAGUCGUUUUUGGAGGCAUUAAAUGAAGUUGUACAAUCGGUUUUCACACGGUGGUGCUGGCACAUUAGAGGAAACGUAGUGGGUG